CAUCAAACAAAGAUCGCUGAGUUUUCGCUCGAGGUCGCAAUCGCAACCGGAAACAACGCUAUCGAUUUUUCUUGGUCUAUUUACAAUGGCCGAGUUGGAGAAGAAGUCCCCGGCCGACGUCGACGAUCCUAAGGCCAUCGAGACGGCGGUGAACGAGAACCAGAAGAAGUUGGAGGCGCUCUCGCUAUUGGCGCCGGAGGACGGCGGCGUCGGCGGCGGCGGACCGCCUCUGCUGGAUGACUACGACGACGACUCCCAAAUCCAAGCCGUGGCGUCCAGCGGCACGGUGUACGAAUCCGCGACGACCUUCGAGGACCUGAAGCUCACGCCGGAGCUGCUCAAGGGUCUGCACGACGAGAUGGGGUUCAGCCGCCCCAGCAAGAUCCAGGCCGUCACGCUUCCCAUGAUCCUCACGCCGCCCUAUCAGAACCUCGUCGCGCAGGCGCACAACGGCUCCGGCAAGACCACCUGCUUCGUGCUCGGCAUGCUCAGCCGCGUCGACCCCAGCCGCAGGAUUCCCCAGGCCAUCUGCAUCUGCCCUACCAGGGAGCUUGCGCAGCAGAAUAAAUCCGUGCUCAUGAGGAUGAGCAAGUUUACCGGCAUUACCUGUGCCUCUGCCAUCUCGCCGGCUCUCAAGGAUUACAUGCCCAUCUCCAAGAUGGCACCGGUCACUGAUCAGGUGGUGAUUGGCACUUCUGGGACUCUCAUUAAGUGGAUUACCAAUAAGAAGCUUGCCACAAGGGACAUCAAGAUUCUUGUGUUCGACGAGGCAGACCAUAUGCUUGCUGAGGAGAACUUUAUGAGUGAUUCUAAAAGGAUCAUGAGGGAUAUACAGAGCAGUGCCGGUGACUGCCAGCUGCUUCUGUUUUCUGCAACCUUCAACGAGAAAGUGAAGGAUUUUAUUACAAAGGUCAUUAAGGAGGGAAACCAGAUAUUUGUGAAGAAGGAAGAUCUUACUUUGGACAAAGUAAAGCAAUAUAAAGUCCGAGUCCCCGAUGAGAUAGCCAAAAUAGAGGUCAUAAGGGACAAGAUCUUUGAGUUUGGUCAAAAGGUUGGACAGGUUAUCAUAUUUGUGAGAACAAAGAUAAGUACUAUGCAUCUUCAUAAUGCUUUGACAAAAGAGGACUAUGUGUGUUCCUCAAUUCAAGGAUCCCUCGACCACUCAGAGAGGGAAAAGGUAAUACAGGAAUUCAAAGAUGGGUACACCAAGGUUCUUAUAUCAACUGAUCUUCUUGCCCGGGGUUUUGACCAAUCACAGGUCAAUCUGGUCAUCAACUACGACAUGCCAAUCAAAUAUAAUUCUAGAGAUGAGCCUGAUUAUGAGGUGUACCUGCACAGAAUUGGCAGAGCUGGGCGCUUUGGCCGAAAAGGAGCUGUGUUCAACCUGCUAUGCGGUGAAACUGAUGACAUUUUGAUGACAAAGAUCGAGAACUACUUCCAACACAAAGUACAGGAGGUCCCCAGCUGGGAGAGCGAGGAGAAUUUUGAGACUGUUCUUAAGGAUGCUGGUUUACUUGAGUAAAGAUUGUCAGAAACGGGAGGCAGCAGAUGUGCACUUGUCUUCCAACAGUUCAACUUAUAUGAUUAUGUUGCCGCCAACACACACGUGGUGCUUUUGUACCAAACUGGAUGGGUCAUUGUUUGGAUUAAGUUGUAACUAGUAGUACGCCCACACUUUGUGUCAUAUACCUUGAUAUCGUGAACUAAGAAUAGCUUAGAUGUUUAGGUACCUUGUGAUGGAACCAAACCAUCGGAUUCAAGUCCUAGACUAGUACUGGUGCUUGCAGGCCAAUCCCAUCAUUCUUGGACUCCCACCUGCCACAUUUUUGCGCAACAAUUUGAUGACGGCAUCGAUGUCACACCAUAUGAUGAAGCAGUCUUCCACAAGGAACUAUCACUUUCUGUGCUUUUCUUCGCCAAUAAACCAAUGUGUAUUUGACUGUUGGUAGUGUGUUGAAAAUAUUAUUGUAGCACUCAAGAUAAGUAAAAUUGAGUUUCAACAA